UUUAUGCUUCUAGUUCCACCCAAAUGACACUUUUCGUAUCAUUAAAAUAUUAAUGGUUUGCAAGCUGUCACCACUAGUGGUUUUAUAUUAAAAUGAUAAAAUUAUGAUUUAUCAGUUAAUUGACUAUUUAUACGGCCAAGAGCCAAGAUAAUCUUACAAUUGAUAGUCAUUAAUCAUUGCGUUGCAAAAAAAAAGUUCAAUUCAAUUCAAACGUAUAGCUACCGAAUGUUCAGCCAAUUUUGAGAACGGUUCCGUAAUUUAACAAAAUCGCAAAUUGUAAGAAUGUUUCAUAAACGAGACAAGACGCGAUGGUCCUUGCUCUUGACUUUCGUUUCAAUUGCAAUACUAUCACCUACCUACGCCGAAGACGGAUACAAUCUCUGGUUGCGUUAUCACACAAUGGAUGACCUUUUAAUAACUCAAUACAGAAAUCAUGUUCGUAGCAUUGUGUCGAACUCGUCGUUUUCACCAAUAAUGCAAGCGGCCGUCUCGGAAUUACAACGAGGAAUCACUGGAAUGCUAAACGUGAAUGUGACUACCGAGGAACCUGCAUUGAGUGCAGGAGCAAUAGUAGUUGGAACGCCUGUGAAUUCGGAUGCGAUUCGUCAGCUCAAUUUAGCGAUGGAUCAUCUAGGGAAUGAAGGUUACCUAAUAAGACAGAUAAGUGUGGCUGACGUCACAUUUAUUGUAGUAGCAGGUAACACUGAACGAGGUGCGUUGUACGGUUCGUUCGAGUUUUUGAAACAGAUCCAGAUGCAUAAUUCACUCGAUGGUAUUGACAUUACCUCUGUACCCAAAAUACAGUUACGCUUGCUGAAUCACUGGGACAAUCUUGAUGGUACCGUUGAGCGAGGAUAUGCUGGUAGUUCUGUGUGGGAUUGGUGGAAACUACCAGAUAUAGUUGAUCCACGCUAUACUGAUUACUCACGAGCCGUUGCCUCCAUCGGUAUAAAUGGGGUAGUAGUGAAUAAUGUAAAUGCUAAACCGGAUAUAUUGACUGCUUUGUGGAUAAGCAAAGUGACAGCCCUAGCAAACGUGUUCCGUCCUUAUGGUAUACAGUUGUUCCUGUCAGUUAGAUUUAGUACGCCACUUGAGUUAGGAGAAACGAACACGGCUGAUCCUUUAAAUCAGAAUGUGGUAGCUUGGUGGAAUGCAAAGGUUGAGGAGGUUUAUACCGCCAUACCAGAUUUCGGUGGUUUCUUAGUUAAAGCAAGUUCUGAAGGACAGCCCGGCCCAGAUGAUUACGGUAGAUCUCAUUCGGAAGGGGCUAAUAUGUUAGCAAGUGCUGUGCAACGUUUUGGUGGAGUGAUCAUGUGGCGCGCCUUUGUCUACAGCCAAGAUGAUCCGGAUGAUCGUGCAAAGCAAGCUUAUACAGAAUUCAAGAGUCUUGAUGGUCAAUUCAACAGUAAUGUGAUUCUACAAGUGAAAAACGGUGCCAUAGACUUUCAACCAAGGGAACCUUUUCAUCCCUUAUUCGGAGCGUUGCCCGAAACGCAGACUUCUGUAGAAUUUCAAAUAACAAAAGAAUACCUCGGUUUUGCUUCUCAUAUAGCUUACCUUGGACCAAUGUGGGAAGAGGUUUUGGAUGCAGAUACGUUUGCAAAAGGUUCAGGGUCAACGGUGAGUCGUGUGACGGAUGGUACACUGUUUCAACAUUCGUUAAGUUCAAUGGCAGGUGUUGCUAAUAUUGGUAAUAAUCGUGAUUGGACUGGUUCGCACUUUAAUCAAGCUAACUGGUACGCGUACGGUAAACUGGCGUGGGAUCCUGACGCAUCAUCACGUAGUAUUGCUGAGGAGUGGCUUCGACUAACGUUUACCACAAAUGCGAUCUUUGUCGAAAGAGCUGCUGAUAUUAUGAUGAUGUCACGUGAAGCAGUUGCAAAUUAUAUGACCCCACUUGGACUCCAUCACCUAAUGGCUACUGGGCAUCAUUAUGGUCCCGGACCAUGGGUAGACAACUUAAGUCGACCAGAAUGGAACCCAGCGUAUUACCACAACGCAGAUGAAAACGGAAUCGGAUUUAAUCGUACAGAUAGUGGCAGCGGUGCAAUUUUGCAGUAUGCUCCAGAGGUGAUGAAUGAAUUCGCAAAUUCGCACACAAUGGACGAACGGUAUCUGUUAUGGUUCCAUCAUUUAUCGUGGGAUUAUCAACUGAAAUCGGGAAGAACGCUAUGGGAUUCUAUUGUACUGACUUAUGACGAAGGUGUAGCAUCAGCUGUGGAAAUGAGUCUUAUCUGGGACUCACUUAGAUCCUACAUUGACGCUGAGCGAUUUGAAAAUGUUGCUAUCAAUCUUCGAAUCCAAUUACGUGAAGCGAAAUGGUGGCGAGACGCUUGCGUUGCUUACUUCCAGAGUAUCUCUAACCGAGCGUUACCAUCAGGUACUUUUGCACCGGAAAAAACUCUGGCAGAAUACAAAGCUCUUCAAUUUCCCUUCGCACCAGGAACGAAUACAAUAAGUAUCGAAGUGACCUGCCUUCCAUCAGGUAGUGCAAUGAUGGCACCGUUUUUGUUAUUGACUUUCGUUUGCCUGUUGGCACUCCGUUUUGUUUGAUUAAAUUGAUUUGAAAUUUAC